ACUAGCCACCAAAGGAGAAUGCUUGCACUGAGAGAACAGUAAAUGGGAAAAGUCCCACAGUGCCAGAAGCAUAACGUAAAAAAGGUCUGUGCUGGAGAAUGCAGGUGGUCUGAAAAUGGCAAAGGGAAACGAAAAGCAGCCAAAUGCCGGCCGUCAGCCACCGAAAGUAAUUCGGGUUAUGCAGGAUUUUGCUCUUAGCGGCUUAGCGGCAUCACUGUCGCACAUCCCUCAUCAUCCGCUCUACACACUCAAGUCCCAUAUGAUGUUUUAUGGAAAAGGAUUCAGCAUGAAACAAUUUCUGGUAAUUUCGCUUGAGAGCAGGGGCACCUUCUUGAUGCGAGGUGUCAUGGUACGAUCCAUUGGAAUCGCUCCAGAAAAAUCAUUCAAAAUCAUGGGCUUGCAGGGAGGAACGCACUUGGCCAACUACCUUUUCCCUCAGUGUUCCAAAGGUUUUGAAUGGGCAUUUGCAGGGUCAGUGGCCGGAGCAGCAACAACCAUCAUUGGUUGUCCCUCAGAACGCAGCAUGGUUCUGGCCCACAUUGAAGGGAAAACAUUCUGGGAAGUGGUGCGCACAAAGGGAGUGAGGGUAUUGUACAACGGAGCUAUGGCCACGCUCUACCGUGACAUCACUUUCAACUCCUGUCUUUUUACCGGGAGAGGAUACAUAAUGAAGCUUUACAAAAAUAAAUAUGGAGAAGAGCCAAGCUCUUUUAAGAAGGUGUGGAUCGGAUUGCCUGCAUCUGUGUUUGCUGGAGUCGUUGCUUGCCCUUUCGACGUGGUAAAGACAAGGAUACAGGGGACAGAGAAGCUAGGCAUGCUUGUGACACUAAUUUCAGGAUAAUGGCCGAUCUUUACUUCCCCUCUCUAGGUGAUGCUAAGAGGCGGAGACCACUGCUCCUCAUGCGUCAGUUAGUGAGAGAAGAGGGAGCUCGCAGCCUGUUCAAAGGCCUUUUGCCUCGUCUCAUUGCUGUUCCACUCUACAUGUCUGUCUUUGUCACCAUCAACGAAGACCUGGGGUGGCGCCUUCUGGGUAGAGAGAUCAUCCCGUGAUGCCAUGUACAUUUUACAAUAUCAGCCAAAAAUAGAUGCUGCCUGUGUUUGUAAGUUUGUAUAAUGAUAUUAUUUUUGCUUGCUUUGCUUGUAUGCCUUAUUUUAUACUACA